AAAAGCACUUCCGCAUGUAAACGUCAGAGGUGUUGCUAUAGUUACACGGCACAAAGGGACGGGGAUUCAUGAACAAUUUAACUACACUUCACGCUACCGGAUUAACAAUGUAGCUAUCUAUUUUUGUUUUGUUUUGUUUUUUAAUCAGUUUAAAAACUCCUAUAAGUGGAGUAAUGCCUCUCAUGAAGAAACCCCGGAAAACUGAGCCACUUAUAAAAGUAGUAGAUAAAAAGGCUCAGAAGAAUGGACUCCGCCACACCAUCUACAGCACGAACGGAGACCAGUACACCGGGGAGUGGCGGGAUAACAUGCGACACGGAGAUGGAACACAAGUGUGGAAGAGAGCUGGAGCUCUGUAUGAAGGUGAAUGGAAACAGAAUGUGCGUGAUGGCUAUGGGGUGCUGAGCAAAUUGCGGCCAUCAAUGAAUGAAUAUGUAAAAGUUUAUUCAGGAACAUGGAGAAAUGGUAAGAAAGAGGGCUUUGGGACACAUUUCUACAGCUCAUCAGCACGAUAUGAGGGGGAAUGGGUGGAGAAUAAGAGGAGCGGAUGGGGGAGGAUGAAUUAUGAGAAUGGAGAGGUGUAUGAAGGAGAGUGGCUGAAGGAUAAACGCCACGGUCAGGGUGUGCUGUGGCUUGUGAAUGAAAACAGGUAUGAAGGCAGCUGGAAGGAAGGGAAGAAACAUGGACAUGGAUGCUUCUUCUACGCCAACAGGGGUCAGCUAUACGAGGGCUUCUGGGUAGACGAUGUCCCGAGGUGCGGGACAGUGUGUGAUUAUGACUGGAAGCAUGCACACACACCACCACUGUACCCGAUCCCCCCGGUGAUGCUGCAGGAUGUUCAGUCAGUACUGGUGGAGGGACGCGGCCGUUUCUGUGCCAGCAGAGAGGAUUAAAAAAAAUCAACUGAUGAA